AUGAAGGACAGCGGAAUUGUCCCGUUGCAGGACAUUGUUAAUGAGUUAAGGAACAUGUCCCUUGCAUCUCGGGAACUGUUCAGUGAAGUUGUGACUGUAGUAAAACUUAUCUUGGUUAUGCCUGCAACAAACGCAACCAGUGAGUGGUCAUUCUCUGCGUUGCGCAGAGUGAAAACAUACCUGAGAACCAGCAUGACACAGGAACGUCUAAAUUAUCUGAUGCUCCUGCACGCCCAUCGAGAUGCAACGGACAGCACAGACUUGCUUUCAGUGGCUAAUGAGUUUGUUACAACAGAAGGAGUGACCACUGCACCCACUAUUAGCACGGACGGUUCUUCAGAGGGCACUACUGCAAGCUUAAACGACGGAACUUCCUCUGCAGUGCAACACUCUUGCAAGAAAAAGUUAAAACCCCGUGAAGGAGAAACCAAUAUAAGUCCAUCCAUUCCGAAAAGCAAUGCCGCUCUAUUACUUUUGCUCGGAUUUGGUGGAUUUUCGAUUUUGGUGGCUGCCGCGUACAAAUCUCUCCGGAAGUACGUGUAUCACGACGAGCACAACCUUGAUACAGUGUUUGAUGCCGGUGGGAGGGUGAGCCUCAGUCUCACUGCCGUCACUGUCACCUCACAGCUCCUCUGGCCAGCUGACUUUCUCCAGAGCUCUACACUCACCAGCAAAUCAGGCCUUGGGGGAACUCUUUGGUUUUCGAUUGGCAUUAUUGUGGACAUACUACUUUUUCCUGUUUUGUCCAUUUUUUUGAAGACAAGAGCUCCUGGUGCAAAGACCUUCCCACAGAUCGCUUAUGCUCGAUUUGGAGUUGCUGGGCACGUCAUGUUUUGCAUCCUAGCCAUGACUUCCAGCUUAAUCGUUAGCACGAGCAUGCUUCUGGCUGGAAAGAGUGCUUUAGAGGUUCUUACAAAAGAUGUUAACAACGAGUUCAUUUUUCUGGUACUCGCCUUCUUAUUUGGGUCAUAUUGUAUGAUUGGCGGACUCGGAACGACUUUUUAUAUUUCCUACUUUAAUACGGCAUUGACCUUUCUCUCAGUGACAGUAUAUGUCCUGUACACAAGCUACUUUCCCUCAGAGGAAAGCAAAGAAUAUUCGAGUAUGGAGGCUCUUUAUAAGGCAGCAAUUUGUGUUGAAGCGCCUGAAACGAACUACGAGCAAUCACACGCCACGUUUCGUACCGAAUCCGGUUUGAUUUAUGGCGUUGUUUUGCUAUUUAUGGCAACAUCAAUUAGUUUCACAGACCAAGCUAAUUGGCAGAGUCGCAUUGCUGCAAAACCGACUGAAGGAGUAUUGGGAUUUUUUAUGGCCGCAUAUUUGUGGUUCGUGAUAGCCCCUUGUCUGUCUGUCACUGCCACAACCACCUAUUUUGCAAUGAGUUUGAAAAACGGUACGCACCUACUGUCAGAAAGUGAAAUUGAUAACGGGUAUAUUACCCCGUUUGUAAUGAACUUCCUGCAUGGAGAGACAGGCGGCUACCUGCUUCUAACCAUGUUGAUGAUGGCUCUCAUGUCCACCGGGUCAGGGGAAGUAAUGGCCAUCUCGUCCAUUGUCGUCUAUGAUAUCUACAAGACGUACAUUAACCCAUUCAGGAAAAACCUUUCACCUACGAGUUGUGUCUUGUGUGGAAGACAAAAGCAACUUUCGGAAUCAAAGAUGGACGGAGACUUUUGCGCAUGCUCAUCGUCGAUUGGUUGCAAAUCGUGUGACGUAGACAUUACUACGCGCGCGCGACUUGGAGUGGACAAGGUCGCAUACACAUGCAGCGUUCACGGGGAUUACAGACGAUAUGAAGAUGGAUUGAUGCGUUACAAGAGUUGGUGUAUGGUAUGGGUAGUGAUUUUAAUUGUACCUUAUGGAUUGCUUAUUUCGGAGACGGACAUGAAUGUGAACUGGGCAACCCUUGGACUUCAAGUUCUGACAUGCCCGUUCCUUGUGCCUUUGUUUCUCACAAUCACAUGGUCAAAGGCCACAGCAAAAGGCGUCAUUUCAGGUGGAAUAUUGGGCUUAUCGGCAUCAAUUUCUGGAAUGCUCAUCAUGGGAUCGACAUAUGAAAGCGGACUCUCUAAUUUUUAUGUAAACACAGCCCAGGAUUACAGUCUCCUAACGGCAAUGUUGUCAGGGUUCGUUGUAAGCGGUGUAGUGUCUGUCAUCGUUUCGCUGUGCACACAUAAUAUUCGUUCAGAGGCCGAUGCUAAUCUUGAAUGGGCAAAAACUAUUAAUAUUGACAACCCCAUAAACCCAUUCCGGCUCAUUUAUGAAGAAGAAUUUGCCAAAGCUGAAGUUGGAGACAUCAUAACGGCAACCGCGAUGGACAAAGUAUUCAGAAAAGCCAAACUCUACGCUGGCGUGCUCGGAAUUAUAAGUUUGGUUAUAUUUGUCGUCAUUCUUCCGGCAAUUGCUCUAAGCUCUGGCGUCCUUUCUUUUGACGAAUUUAAGGCCUGGAUAAAAGGCUACCAGAUCUACUGCUUCAUCUGUACGUUCGUAGUUGUUGUUCUUCCACCAUUUGAAGAAGGCUAUCAAAUUUGGCUCCGCUACCAGAAGAACAAGCGAAAUGAAACGUUGUCCGUAUUCACGGCAAAACAACCAGACUUAAAUGGAGAAAGUUGCAGACUUUAAAUUAUCGUGUGGUUUCAUGUCAAAGGAAUAUAUCCAACAUUUCAAAUGUGUUAAAGUAUUUUCCUCAUUAUCUUUCGAAAUGUAUAUUAUGAACUUAAUAAGAAUUGUGUUGAUAUUAAUGUUGGGACUUUAAACAAACGGAAUUGAUAGCUUCAGAGUUAGUAAGAAAACUAAACAAAACUGUAACUACUUGUGGUAGCGCGUUGAUGACUGAGGGAUUUGCUUUGAAUCGUUUAGUUAAUGAAUGUGAAUACUAGACAACCGUGUAGAAAAAACACGACAGUUUAUGAAAGAUUCGAUGAAACAAUAAAAUUGUCUUAGUAUAGA